AGAGUCUUAAACCGCCCCUUAAUGACGACAUACGAAUGACGCUUUCUGGUUGCUAGUGUUUUGAGAUAUUCCGUUAGCUUUAGCUAGCGCGAGAUGAAAACUGCAAGACAAUUGGAAUAAGAAAGGUGACCACAACAUGGUGGGCUGUGAGGACCAGGGCAGAGGGCAGCGUGGCCCCAGCUUGCCGGCGUUAGUCCUCUGAUAGUGGACGGUCACCUGGGACCCGCCUACAGCGAAUGAACAUGCACCAGUGACAAACCCAUUUCCUCCCAUUAAUCUUAAACCACCCCCAACCCGUCUCGGGGGGGAGGGGGGGACUAGUGGACCGGACAGGGAGGCCUUGGGGUAGAGGCGAGGCCGAGGUAACGGCGGGGGAGUGUUGUUGUUUAGAGGGCUGGGGGGUCGGUUGGGCUGAGAGGGGUGUGGCAUCGGGGGGGCGGAGAACUCAGAGGGACUGGCAGGGUCGGUGGCGGGAGGCCCAGGGCCAGUCACGACCCGGACCGCGGCGGAGACAGACGGGCUGCUGCCUCACCGACCGUCCCUGAGCCAGAACCCCUGGGGUCGGCAGCCGCGGCACUGCCCGGCCAUGUCUGUCGGAGGCCAGGGUCCGGACGGUGGCGAACACCCGCGCUUCUUCGUGGGCUGCGAUGACAACGAAGGCGAGGAGCUGCUGGACCCGGGCCGGGUCAUGGGCUACGACUGCCUCUAUGAGAACGUGGAGGAAGAGGAGGAGGAGGAUGAUGACGACGAGAUUUACGAUUCACCUCCAGAGAGGCAGAUUGUGGUGGGCAUCUGUGCCAUGUCUAAGAAGUCCAAGUCGAAGCCGAUGAAGGAGAUCCUGGAGCGCCUGUGUCUCUUCAAGUACAUCACAGUGGUGACAAUCGAGGAGGAGGUGAUCCUGAACGAAUCUGUGGACCUCUGGCCUCUGUGUGACUGUCUUAUAUCGUUCCACUCCAAAGGUUUUCCAUUGGACAAAGCGGUGGCCUAUGAGAAACUCCGGAACCCAUUUGUCAUCAACGAUCUGAAUCUCCAGUACUACAUCCAGGACAGGAGGGAGGUGUACCGCAUCCUUAAGAACGAGGGGAUCUUGCUCCCACGCUACGCCGUUCUCAACAGAGACCCUGCAAGACCUGAGGAGUGCAGCCUUGUGGAGGGAGAGGACCACGUGGAGGUCAACGGGGAGGUCUUCCAGAAGCCCUUCGUGGAGAAGCCCGUGAGCGCCGAAGACCACAACGUCUACAUCUACUACCCCACGUCAGCCGGGGGGGGCAGCCAGAGGCUCUUCCGGAAGAUUGGAAGCAGAAGUAGUGUGUAUUCGCCUGAGAGCAACGUGCGAAAGACUGGAUCCUACAUUUAUGAGGAGUUCAUGCCGACGGACGGGACAGACGUCAAGGUGUACACGGUGGGGCCAGACUACGCCCACGCCGAGGCUCGGAAAUCCCCGGCGCUGGACGGCAAGGUGGAGCGGGACAGCGAGGGCAAAGAGGUGCGCUACCCUGUCAUCCUCAACGCCCGCGAGAAGCUCAUCGCCUGGAAAGUUUGUCUGGCUUUCAAGCAAACAGUUUGCGGUUUCGACUUGCUUCGUGCCAACGGCCAGUCUUACGUGUGUGACGUUAACGGCUUCAGCUUCGUGAAGAACUCCAUGAAGUAUUAUGACGACUGUGCCAAAAUACUUGGGAACAUCAUCAUGAGAGAGCUGGCUCCUCAGUUCUCCAUCCCCUGGUCCAUACCGCUGGAGGCAGAGGACAUUCCCAUCGUUCCCACCACCUCUGGGACCAUGAUGGAGCUUCGGUGUGUCAUCGCUGUGAUUCGUCAUGGCGACAGAACUCCCAAACAGAAAAUGAAAAUGGAGGUUCGACAUCAGAGGUUUUUUGAUCUGUUUGAGAAAUGUGGAGGGUACAAAAACAAAAAACUCAAGUUGAAAAAGCCAAAGCAAUUACAGGAAGUGCUAGAUAUCGCCAGACAGCUCCUGGUCGAAAUCGGGCAGAACAACGACUCCGAAAUCGAAGAAUCCAAAGCGAAAUUGGAGCAACUGAAAACUGUGCUCGAAAUGUACGGCCAUUUCUCUGGAAUCAACCGCAAAGUUCAGAUGACGUAUCUUCCCCAUGGCUGUCCCAAAACAUCCAGUGAGGAAGAAGACGUGCGGAGGGAUGACCCGUCUCUGCUGCUGGUUUUGAAGUGGGGCGGGGAGCUGACUCCGGCAGGCCGGGUUCAGGCCGAGGAGUUGGGCAGGGCUUUCCGCUGCAUGUACCCUGGAGGACAGGGCGACUACGCAGGGUUUCCCGGGUGCGGCUUGCUUCGUCUGCACAGCACGUACAGACACGACCUGAAGAUCUACGCCUCAGAUGAGGGACGUGUCCAGAUGACUGCUGCUGCCUUUGCCAAGGGUCUGCUGGCCCUGGAGGGGGAGCUGACGCCCAUCCUGGUGCAGAUGGUGAAGAGUGCCAACAUGAACGGCCUGCUGGACAGCGACAGUGAUUCGCUCAGCAGCUGUCAGCAGCGUGUCAAGGCCCGCCUCCACGAGAUCCUGCAGAGGGACCGAGACUUCACCGCCGAAGACUACGAGAAGCUGGCUCCCACCAGCAGCUCCUCCUUGAUCAAGUCCAUGCAGAUGAUCAAGAACCCGGUGAAGACCUGCGACAAGGUCUACGCCCUCAUCCAGAGCCUCACUCUGCAGAUCAGACAGAGGAUGGAGGACCCCAAGUCAGCAGACAUUCAGCUGUACCACAGCGAGACCCUAGACCUGAUGCUUCGCCGCUGGGCCAAGCUGGAGAAGGACUUCAGGAUGAAGAAUGGCCGCUACAACAUCAGCAAGAUCCCCGACAUCUACGACUGCAUAAAGUACGACGUGCAGCACAACAGCUCCCUCAACCUGUCCAACACCAUGGAGAUCUACCGUCUCUCCAAGGCUUUGGCCGACAUCGUCAUUCCGCAGGAGUAUGGAAUAUCCCAGCUGGAGAAGCUGGAUAUUGCCAAGGGCUACUGCACGCCACUCAUUCGCAAGAUACGCUCCGAUCUGCAGAGGACACAAGACGACGACACGGUCAACAAACUGCAUCCUGUGUACUCCCGUGGAGUGAUGUCUCCGGAGCGCCAUGUACGGACCAGGCUUUAUUUCACCAGUGAAAGCCACGUGCACUCCCUGCUGUCCAUCCUGCGCUACGGGGCGUUCUGCGACGAGACCAAAGACGACCAGUGGAAGAGAGCCAUGGAGUACCUGAAGGUGGUCAGCGAGCUGAACUACAUGACGCAGAUCGUGAUCAUGCUCUACGAGGACCCUAACAAGGACCCUUCGUCUGAGGAGCGUUUCCACGUGGAGCUGCACUUCAGCCCGGGAGCCAAGGGCUGCGAGGACGACAAAAACCUGCCCUCGGGUUUCGGCUACAGACCUGCCUCCCGAGAGAACGAGGGGUCAAAGAUCAAGUCCAAGGAAGACAGUGAUGAGGAGGGCGCCAAGCGGGACGAGCCGGACCGAGCGGCCAUGAUGCUGUUCCGGCCCCUGGUGUCCGACCCCAUCUACAUAAACAGGAAAUGCCCGCUGCCCCGCUCCAAGAAGAUCGGCUCAGUGGAAUCCCCAUUGCAGACAGACUAUAUCAAGAGCGCCGCCGGCAAAGAAGAGAGCCCCCUGAGUGUGUCUAGCCCCGAAUCUAUUGGUACCUGGCUACAAUACACCUGUGGUGUUGGUACUGGGCGUCGAAGACGCAGAUCAGGGGACCAAAUAACUUCCUCCCCUGUCUCCCCCAAAUCACUGGCUUUCACAUCCAGUAUUUUUGGCUCAUGGCAACAGGUUCUGUCAGAGAAUAACGCUCAUUCGCAGAGACCAGGCAGGAUGUACUCUGAACACAAACUGACCCCGGGAAUAGGGUCCCAUUGCGCUGGCCUGUUUAGCGCCAUGGUGCUCGGGGGCUCCUCCAGUGCACCUAACCUACAGGAUUAUGCUCGUGCGCAUCGUAAAAAGCUGACGUCGUCUGGCUUCUUAGAUGAGGCCAUGCGUGGGUCUGCUGUAAAAAGAUUUUCUAUCUCAUUUGCGCGACACCCAACCAAUGUCUUUUCCAGUAUGUUCUGUGGUUUUGAGUUGUACUCCAUGGUUCCUUCCAUAUGCCCGCUGGAGACACUGCAUAACUCACUCUCACUGAAGCAGAUCGACGACUUCCUGGCUUCUAUUGCUGCAUCUCACGAGUCGUUCUCUGAUUUGUCGUCCUCUUCCCCAGCUGCGAAGAAAACUCCUUUAAACACUUAUACACCUGCAAAGAUCUUGCCCUGCCCUUUCACUCAAGGCAAGAAGAAUGUGGACAAGCCAACAACUGGGACCAGCUCACCGCCCACAAAAGACCGUCGGCUCGGCGCUGUCAACUCCUCCCCGGACACUGAAGCCGAGGAUAAAAAGCCCUUCCGUCAUCUGUCUUCGGGUUGCCAAGCAAGCCUGCAGCCUGCCUCUGAGGACGAAAAACCUGCCGCUGGACUCUCAUCCAUGCAGGAACGGGCAACUGGACACGACUCCGCCAACGAACCGGAAUCCUCGGACAUGGCACAAUGCAAAAUGGCCGGGCAGACGCUGCAGCACAACGCCCACGGUGGUGACACGUCACUGAAAUUCCCCGCCACGGACUUGCCAAAUAAGCCAAGAGUCACCAAAGAAGCCCAUCCAAGAAACCCGGACUUGUAAAACGUACCCACACUAGCCUUCCAAAGAAAUCCCUGAGCAGUAAAGUAUCAACCCCACAUUUUUACCCAGAAUCCACCAAGUGGGGUGCCCAGACACCCGACGACGUGGACCUGCGACUGACUUCUGGAGGUGCUCUUAAAGAAAUUGCCAAGUCAUUGACCAACCACAAGGAAAAGGAACCAGAGUAAGACCUCAUAAGAAAUAAAAAAAUAAAAAAUAAAAAAACAUUUCAGUUGUUACACAGUUAGGAUUACUCUAGGUCAAGGCUGCAACCGAAAACACUUGUAAACCCAGUCAAGACUGGGGUGUUUGUGACGGAUGUCAUUAGUUACUGUUUUAGCUGAGCUUGCUCCGUGGUUAUUCAGUGAAGCUACGUUGUCGGGGUGGGGCGGGUUCGGCACACUUCACUGAAAAACGGAAUGUUUCUAUCGUUCCACCUGUAGUUGUAUGUCAGCUUCCCAUUUUAAUCGCCCAUGCUAGUGUCUUGUGUGUAUUCAAAUUCAAGGCAGAUUGAUGUACGGUAGAGAAUUUAAAUGGUGAAUGUUGCUUCCUGCAUCUCUUUGAAUUCCAGAAUCGAUAUUCUGGCUCAUCUUGAGCCUAAACAGCAGGGUCCAUAAUACAGUAUGCUUUUAAAAGGGUUGGUUAAAAUGAGCUUGUCUCCUGUAUGGGAUUUACAAUGUUUUUCACUUAUAUUUUUAAUGCUACUCUGAAUGUUUGCAGAUUUUUUUUAAUUCCCCCCCCCCUUCAUGAUACUGGAAUGGGACAUGUCUGCCUUAUGAAUGCUGUAAUGACUGGUUUCAUCACGCCUUGUAAUGAAACGUCAUUGUUGUAUACAUUCUGGAUAAAUUCCCGGGUAAAUUCUCUUCGGUUGUUUUAACUGCCACGAGUUCUUUAUGAUAAGCUAUAUUCUGUGUUGUUCAAUGAUUUUACUCUAAUGAGGCAAGGUCGUCCGUGCUAACCAUUGUUCUGUUUCUUUUUGUUUUGUAAUGUGGGAAUUAUUGAGGUACUCCCUGUUAAGUUGUGAUUAUCGGAUUUUCGGAAAAUAUUUGAUAAUACAUAUCACAGAAAAUGUUGAUGUUUUUGACAGCCAUAAUUAUUUUGAAUGGUAUGUAAGUAAAAGAGACUGAUAAACAGCCUUUUACUUGUGUUCCUGUAAUCCAUGAUGGUAAAACCCCUCCCUCUAGGGAAUAUUAGAAACAAUAAAAGACAAUGAUGUAUGCA